AUGACUGAGUUGUGUCGCGUUUGCAUGCUGAACUCCCAAGACAUGAUAAAUAUAUUCGAUGGAGCACCGGAAUCGGGAGUUUCGAUGGUGGAGAUUAUAUCGCACUACACGGGAUUGGAAGUCAAACGGGGAGACUCAUUUCCUGAGAUAAUUUGCUUAAUGUGCCUGCAGGAUGCUCGGAAUUCAUACGGGAUUGUUGGAUCAAUCAACACUCCAGUGAAGACAGAAAGAGGGGCCUUUGAGGCGGUGCUGCUGAAGGAUGAGGAGGUCAAUCAGAUGCUAGACUGCCAAGUGAAGCAGGAGUUCCUGGAGGAGGAUCUACUGGAGGAGGUAUCGGACUAUCGGAGUGAGCAGGAGAUCGAUAUCGACUACCCAGUCAAAAAGCAGGAAUCAUCUGGGGAGAGUGAAUCCCAACCUUUUUAUGGUCACUCAACUGAUAAUAUCGAUGAAGAUGAUGAUGAGGACUUCGGUACUGAUGAGCCCACCUUCAAAUGUCCCUUGUGCCCCGAGAGCUUUCGUCGCGAAUGGAGUCUUCAGGUGCACGAACGAACUCACGUUGGCCGAUGGCCCUUUAAGUGCGACUAUUGCCCCAAAUCCUGCCGAACUGCCGCGGAUCUGAGGCUGCACAAUCGGAUUCACACUGGCGAAAAGCCCUACAAAUGCGAUUAUUGCGAUAAGACUUUCAGGGAACGCCAGGGUCUGAAGGUCCACAUUCGUGUCCACACCGGAGAAAGACCCUAUAAAUGCGAUUAUUGCGAAAAAACCUACAAGGAGCGCAAAUCUCUCAGGGUCCACAUAAGGAACCACACGGGCGAACGACCCUACAAGUGUUCCCACUGCCACAUUGCUUUCGCGGAUCCCUCAAGCCUUCGGUCUCACGUCCGCAUCCACACGAGGAAUAACAUAUAA